CUGACAAUCAAGUUAGUCUGUCUCCCCUUACUGUUCCAUCUCUUCAACCUGCGCUGCUGACUGCACACAUACCCACAGUCCUGACGCGGCCCUCCCGGUUACAAACUGCUUUGAUUUUAGGCGAAAAACAGCGCAGAACACCUGUACAAGCGCAGAAUAACCACGCUGUGAUCAUCCGUGUUAAACGAGAGCGAGCACUCGCCGCACACGGGUGCAGAUGUAAGGGAAUAUCCCUGCAGACUACAGCUGCCACACUGAUGACAGAGCGAGAGGGAAGUCAGUUAGCCAGCCAGAGCUAAACUCGACUAUCAGACAGGUAAAUGUGCGGCGAUCUGAACGGUUCAGCGACAACCUGCACCUCGAGCAUCUGAACGGAGCCGGCGUCCUCUACAGAGAGUAUCCCGCAGACUGCACAGCCAUGAGGAGGGUGUCAUUGCGCUGUGUUGCCCGGCUCGUGUUGGCAGCUCUGUGGCUGUUGGUGGAAGAGGGUCGGGCUGAGACCGGGGCCCCAAUUCUGGCCGAGCGGGUCAUCUGGGCUGUAAACUCUGGCGGGGAGGCACACACAGACGUACAUGGCAUUCAUUAUAAAAAAGAUCCACUUGAAGGAAAAUUGGGGAAAGCAUCAGACUACGGUGUCCGUCUGCCGAUCCUGCGCUCCAGCCCAGAGGAUCAGAUUCUUUACCAGACAGAGCGAUACAAUGAGGAUACCUUCGGUUAUGAAAUCCCCAUAAGAGAAGAAGGAGACUACAUACUGGUCAUGAAAUAUGCUGAGGUCUACUUUGCCCAGUCUCAACAAAAGGUUUUUGAUGUGCGUCUCAAUGGCCACAUUGUGGUGAAGGAUCUGGAUAUCUUUGACCGAGUGGGUCACAGCACGGCUCAUGAUGAAAUAGUGCCAUUCUCAAUAAAAAGAGGAAAACUAAGUGUUCAUGGGGAAGUUUCCACUUUUAAUGGGAAACUCACAGUAGAGUUUGUUAAGGGUUACUAUGACAACCCCAAGAUAUGUGCACUAUAUGUGAUGAAGGGGACGCUUGAGGAUGUGCCUAAACUGCAGCCACAUCCCGGACUGGAAAAGAGAGAGGAAGAGGAGGAGGAAGAGGACGACGGGGAGGGGGGAGAAAGCGAAAAAAAGAGCACCUCCACCUCUCCCAAGAAUCCGGUUCGGUCCGGGCCGCGCACCCCCAACCCGUACGCCACUGAUAACAGCAGCCUGAUGUUCCCUAUACUAGUGGCAUUCGGGGUCUUCAUCCCAACCCUCUUCUGCCUCUGCCGCCUCUGAGGGGAACAAGUGAACGAGAGGGAGACAGAGGAGAGAUGACGGACAUCAGGCUCUGAAGGGGUGGGGGGAGGGGAGCAUCGAGGGACGCACAACUGUGGGGACAGGCAGAAUAUAGACUGAUAUUACAACAGAGAGAGAGAGAGAGAGAGAGAGCAAAAGGCGGAUGAGAGACAUGCAGAAACCAGGAGGUUUCAGAUAUUGGGUGACCUGGAAAACACAAGGAUUUCAAGCGUGAGUUCAUUUCAUGUGUGUGAUUGUGCUUGUGUUCGUACACAUUUAAUACUAAUUUUAGUCUGAGGAGAUCCUGAGAGGUACUGAUUAAAUGCACUCGCGCACACACACACACGUGCAGCAGGACUAACCACUUUACAAACCUGGUUUGUCUGGUCUAGCAGGAGAUGGAGCUGGAGACACUCCUAGGUCCCGUGUCCCAACUCAUGGAAAGAUAUUGGCUAGGAGUGCAUUUCUGAUCAGCGGUGGCGUUGAUCUGCUGGGUUUUUGUGGCCUCUAGUGGGAGGCAGAAAUGGUACAUGAAUUUUCUCUUUGAUCAUUUGGUUAAUGCAUCUAAAUCUCAGUGGCGGAUCAUAAAGUGAUUUGAGACCUUGGUUUCUAUUUACCUCACGUUUUAUUUCCCUCACACUCAUACAAACUACUAUAAUUAAUUUCCUGCGGCUUCAAUUCUUUCUUUGAUUUAAAAAGCAUAAACAUUCAAAAUUGUCUGGAGAUGUGCUUGUCCAUUCUUCAGUUGCAUAUUUUCAGAACCAUAACUUCAAAUCUCUAACUGCACAAGGGAGAUAUAAAUUAUUUUGUUUCCUGUUUACAGGGACUUUUUGGUCUCUGAAUAACUACGUGUGUUCAGUAUUUAAUAAAACAUCUUUAUUUUUAAAAAUUGCAUAUUUGCUUCCCUUUAGGUGGGAACAUGAGUUCAUAACAAAGAGGGUCUUUUAUACACUGCCUUUUGAGUCCCAGAAACUAGAUUGUGUUGGACUAAAGUGUUAAAUCCCCUUAAUUUCUCUCAUUGGUACAUGAUGUGUCUGGGAUAGCAUCUUAUAAAUAUGUUGUCUUAAUUACAUUGCAAAAGACACCUAAUACACAGUGUAGAGAAGGAUAUUUGCUCUGUUGGGAUGCUCUUUGUCAUAUUUGCUCUAGGUUUAACCAUACGGGCCUGGUUGGGAAACGGUUUGACCGAUACAUGCCUGCCAUACACCAUGAAGUAUGAAUGCAGAAGCAUGAAUUUUGUACUCAAGUUGGCAAAUUUCAGUGCUGUAGUUUAGCUUUUGUACUAGCAUAAGUUGAGUGAACAUCUGCAUUUCACUUCAUCUAUCUUUUUUUCUUAGCCUGUUCUGUAUCUGUAUACUUUUGUCUUGGUAUUUUUUUUUUCUCUGCAUCUAAUUUAUUUUCCUCUUUAUUAGUUUUUUUAAUUUGCUUCACUGUUUUGUUCAAGCAAGCCUGUCUUUAAAUGUGAUUACGUGUGUGAUCAAGAGACCACCUCUCACACUGCUGAAACAUUAUUAUGCCACUGUCUGAUGUAUGAGAUGAGUGCUGCAUGUCAGUUUGAUCCCGUCUCUUGCAUGAACUCAGAAACUCAUCUUGGCCUUCACCUUCUCAGUAGGAGUUGGAGAGGGCAGGUUUUGCCUUGAUCACCCCCCCCCCACCCCCAGUAGAAAACAAUCAUUAAAACAUUGAGGCACCUUUUUCAUUUAUCAGUUGCAGAAAGUUGAUUGCUUAUUGUCGCCAAAGUCGUUUUCUUUUAUACGGUGCAUGUGUAUAUAAGGUACUUGGUUUGUUGUGCCAUACAGUUAUUUUUCACUUUUCUGGGGUGUAAAUGUUAAUUGCUAUUGGGGUGGCUGGGUUUUUAAAUAUCUUGCCUAAUGGAGGAGUGGCCUUAAAAUAGCAUUGUUUGUGUAUCUGGUCUGGAUAAAGACACACUGACUGAUUGUCAGAAAGAGCUUGGAUAGUGUUAAGUUUAGUUAAUUUACAGUUGGGGUUUUUUAUGUUGUGUAAUUUAAGUAAAAGGAAAUGGGUUGAAUAUUCAAACAUUUUGAAAGACUUUAUUUUCCAGAAGUAGUUGUUUUUUAUUUCCUCAGGAUCUUUUGAAUUACAUUUUUUUUUUUUUUUUUUAUGAUGAUGAGUCUUUUAUUGCACGGCCUGGUGUUUUUUUUAACAAAAUAUUUUGUUUGUUGGUGUGAAUUUUUUUUAUUUUUUUAUUUUUUUUUUGCAUUGUGUACUUUUUGAUUCCUUGUUGCCUUAAAUUUGAAUACAUCCUCAUGUGCAUUAUCAUUUUGUGCUCUUUGAAUCUUUAUUUCCACCAUUUAGGUUGAUUUAUUGCAUGAUUUCGUUUUCAUUAUUUUGUCAUCUGAAAAACCGUUUAGUGAGUCCUCUACAAAUGCACAACUUCUUGGACAAUAGCCAAAGACCACAUGGAGGCCUUUUGUUGUGUCCUCCUUCAUAAAGAGCUCUUGUGUAUUGCUCCAUGUCACAUAAACUGCUGUGUUUACGAGGGAUGUAGUUUCUCUGUUAAUGUUAGUUGUGUUCAACUACCUGUCCCCUCUUGAACCUCGUCCCUCAGAACUAGUGAAAUAGUAUUGGAACGGUUAGCACCCACACGUCUGGAGAGAAGGCUUCUGAAGUGGGAACUGCAAACUGAUGCUGUUUCUUUUUAAUAAAUGUGCUAUUUUAUCUA